CAUUACAACCAGAGAAGAAGAAGAGGAAGAUGUCGGUGGGUUUGUUGUCGGUUGUUUUCUUUCUGAACGUUUCCUGUAACUUCGUCUCCUCGUUGUUUGUCAACAUCAGAGACACCGAGAGCCAAUGUUUCAUCCAGGAAGUCCCGGAGGACACGGUGAUUAUCGGUAACUUUCGGCUGACGGAUAAACCGGCCAAUCAGAGCGUCGGGAUAUUGGUCGAAGCCAAAGAUCCUGAUGACAGGCUGGUUCUGUCUCGGCGAUACGGCGCCGAGGGAAGCUUCAAAUUCACAUCAUGUAACCCAGGCAGAUACCAAAUCUGCCUGCAGUCAAUCUCCUCACAGCGCCCCCUGUCUGCCGGAGGCCUGUUGGCGGUUCACCUCCACAUCCGAGCCGGCGAACGCACAAACAACUACACCGAGAUCGCCGCCAAAUACAGACUGACCGAGCUGGAGCUGAGAGUCCAACAGCUGAGGGAGCAGGUCGAACAGAUCCUGUUAGAGCUUAACUACCAGAGGCUCAGAGAGGAACGUUUCCGUGAGGUCGACCACAGAACCAACAUGUGGAUCUUCUGGUGGCCCGUCGUCCGCUCGCUCUACGUGGUGGCCGCCGUCACCUGGACCCGUGUCCACUCGUCCAUCAGACCGCCGCCAGUGUUUCUGUUGGACGGCUGAGGGUGAAGUCGGAUGUUUCUGCUUCAGUAAACUUUGGACCUGCAGUGAAAAACAAAGUGAAUAUUUCCACAUGUAGAAGAAUAAUUAAAGGCUUUAAUUGAACGGAGGACCAGGAGGGGGCGUGUUCACCUGGAGAAGGAGGAUAUGGAGAGGAGUCCGAGCAGGAACUCGAGGCUGUAGAAGAAGAGCAGGACGGCGCUGAGGAUGAACUCCAGACGCAGGACGAAGGUCUGCAGCAGCAGGUAGUAAACAGCCAGCGCGGCGCAGGGCAGCAGGAUGAAGAGCGACGCACACGACGCCAGAGAGCGCUCACACAGGUUCCCCUUCCAACCUGAACAAACACAGAGGUCACAUGACUCUGCUGUUCGCCACGUUCCCUCCAGAACAAACGUCCAGAGCGCUCACGUGGUUCAUGAAGCUCUCAGUAGAAAAAUGAUUUGCGUCUGUGUGUUAACGUCUUUGUUUGUUGUCUCACCGUAAAAGAUCCUGAGAGUCUCCAGAGCGAGGAAGAGCAGCAGCAGAACCACAUCCAGAACCAGAUUAUCUGACGGGUACGGCAGUAAAAUCCCUGCACGCAAAAAAAAAAUACAACAGAAGAAAAAAGGAAGUGGAAUGAAUCUCUGUCACUGUGACCUUUGACCUCCUUCCUUCAGCUGCCUGUAGUUUGAUUGGGUUUUAAAUGUUUAUUGACAAUCAAUUCUAUGUAAUUAUCACAUAAACAGUUUGAAUCUCAGACAGAACAAACUAUAUCUGACUGCUGCAGGGGCUGAGUUAGCUUAGCAUUUAGCCUCUCUGGUUCAAAGUCAGUGGUUCUGACAACUUUAAAACAUUUUAACGUUUGUUCUCCGACAUAAGUUCAGGAAACACCCGUCAAUCACCGAUCGCCUUCAAUCUGUGAAGAUUAACAUAAACUUCUGUUUUCUGUAAUGAUCCACAAUCCCACUGGAUGUUUGUAGACGGAACCAGGACUUCCUGCUCGGACCCUGAUGCUGUUUGUUACUAUAUUCUAUAACUUUAAUGAAUAUUGCUGUUUCCACUUUACUGUAUAAUGUGCCUACGGUCCUACUCUGAGGACCUGAUGAUUCACUUUAAUGAAUAAAAACUUUAAUCUUU